UUUUACUCAAGAACCAGGAAAUGAAACUUGAGUAGAGUGAAACACUCACAUACGGUAUAAUCCUGCAUUCGUCUGUCAGUAUAGCGGGUGAGAAUAAUCUUAUUUGAAACACUAGACAAGCUACCUAUCUUAAUAUUGAACAUUUUAUAUAUGUCCCCUGUAGCUCAGUUGGUAGAGCAUGGCGCUUGCAACGACAGGGUUGUGGGUUCAUUUCCCACGGGGGGCCAGUAUGAAAAAUGUAUGCACUAACUGUAAGUCGCUCUGGAUAAGAGCGUCUGCUAAAUGACAAAAAUGUAAAAUACUGUUUUGUUUACUAGUCUGUACUUGAGAACGUUAUAAUGCUAUUCUAAUACUAUUGGAUCAUUGAUUCUGGAUACUUUGAAUAGUUAUUUAAACAUUACAAUUUAAAAUUUACAAAAUAAUUUUCAAGAUGGCUAGUCCUUACUAAUUAUUUUUGGGAUUACAGCUCAUUUAUCAGAGGUGUAUUCAGCUGCAGUUUGAUCACUAUGGCUUUGAAGGGGUACACCAAGCAGAAGAACAAAACAAAUUCACCAUACUACUUAGAAAACAUUCUUGAGACUAAUGAGCAUCCCGAGGAUCACAGAGAAUAUGUGAUGUUCCAUGGCACCACAAAAGAGGCUACAGAGUUGAUUAAGAAGAAUGGUUUCACACCAUCAACCGAAGAACUUGGGCUUGGUGUGUAUGUAAGUCGAGAUUUCGGAAAAGCAAUGAAAUACCCCCUUGGUGUUUCCAACUCUAAGAGAAGAGUACUAAAAGUCAGAGUGGAUGUAGGGAAGGUGAAGAUCAUAGACCAGCAGGGUCACCCCAUGCAGAAGACCUGGCACACCGAGCAUGGAUAUGACACCGCCUGGGUUCCACCAGGGGCCAGUAUGAUGCUGAGCAAUGAACAGGGGAACUGUGUCUACGACCCAAAGAGAAUCAAAGUCAUGCAGGUCAUGAAAGUAAAAGAAAACAACAUGUAAGUAUAAAAUAAACUGUUGAUAAAGCACUGCUAACUCUCUCUUGGUUUUACCUGUCAUGGUGUUGGACAACUUCACAGCAGUCAAUUGUGUUAUUGUGGCUUUCCACUGGAAUUGUUUUAUUUUAAUUGUUUUAAUUGUUUUAAUUGUUUUAUAGCCUAUUUGUGGAGGGCUUACAAAUUAGUUUGAGAUAUUUUGCCUCAAACUUAAAAUACUGCAACUAUAGAAGGUUGUACUUUUAUCACAAUUCUGCAGACUGUCUCCCUGUCUAACAGAUCUAGACACCGUCAUCUUCAGAGUGGAGUCACCCCUGAGGACAGCCACGUCUAUGUGAUGUAUCAUGGAACAUCAAAACAGGCUGCAGUAGAAAUACAGAGAAAUGGAUUCAAACCAUCCACAGAUGGCAUGCUUGGUGCGGGUGUCUAUGUCAGUCGAGACAUCAGAAAAGCCAUUAAAUACCCCAUUGGUGCUGAUGACUCAGACAGGAUGGUUCUGAAAGUGAAGGUGGAUGUUGGCAGGGUUAAGAUCAUUGAUGUGCAGGGUCACGACAUGCAAUACAACUGGCAUACUAAGCAUGGGUAUGACACUGCCUGGGUUCCACCUGGUGUUGACAUGGUGCGGAGCAACCAACAGGAGAACUGUGUCUACGACCCAACGAGAAUCAAAGUCAUGGCAUUGCUGAAAGUGGCCAUCUUGAAAAAGUAUGGAAUAUUGAACUACUCUCACAAAUCACUAGAUGGACGUUUUUAUUUUCCUAGAAGGCUCGCACUUGAAAUAUAAACCCCACUACUUGCAGGUUUUAAAAGAUACGUUUUGUAUUUGUUUCUCUGUCCUCAGGUUAAACCCGUCACUGGAGGUGGAGGUUUGAAGGUGUUCUACAUUCAAGGAGCAUUACACUUCAUGUUCAUCUGGAUAAGAGGAUAUAGCAUGCUGUUAUAGCUAGACAUUCAAUAUUGCAUAGGAAGAAGCUAUAUUUUGCAAUAGGUUUACUGAUUAUUGGCAAUCUACGUACUGUAUAUGCAAUCAAUAUAACCAUAUCCCAUUUCAAAAAUCUAAUCAAUGAUAUUCACUUUAUGUAAAUUAGGCGUGUAUCAAUGAUCAUAAUUGUUCGAAAUAAUUUUCUUCCUAUAAUAAAUCUCAUGUAAACCUCUAAAAGUUA